AUGACGAAAAAACCAGUAAACGACGGCGAUUUUAGCCGACUUCUAGCGAAGCUCCGAGGGGAAACUGACUCUGUCGAAACAAAGCUUUCAAAACUGUAUUAUUUCCCCGGAAACUUUAGUGGUCAACAGGUAAGGCAUAGUAUUGUUGCAAAUUUUUGUAGGCUGCAGAACUACUCGGGACCUUUAAAACGGCGCCAGAAAAAAUUCGAGUUUUAAAAAUGCUUGAAAACGUAAGUCUUCUCGCUGCUUGUCUUUUUUGUUACAGAAGAUUAUCUGUGAUAUAAUUAUUAUUUUGUAGAGCACGUAAAAAUGUAAAAAACUGUCGAUGAUGUUUUAUAGGGUUAGUUUGAUUUGUUGAAGACCUUAAUAAUUUGUUGCAGUGAAUCUGCAGCAAUUUACGUAGAAGUUUUUCUAGACGCAUAUAUGAAAUAUGUUUCCCAAUUGAGUCAUCGCGACGAUUAAAAGUCACAAGAGAUGUCGGCAGAGACGCACUGGUUUUUUCAAUUUCUUGUCGAGUUACAGAUUGGGUUAAAAUUUUACGAUCGCGCUUAUACUCAAAAACGUGAAUCAAGGGGAAAACGCUCGAAAUUUAGGAGUAAACUCGUUAAUUUUCGAAGGCCACUUUUUGGUUCACAGGAUUUCGAUUCGUAGUUAAGCAUAGUGAGUGCUGAAAUUUAGUUUGUAUUCAAGAAAGGCAAAUAAGAUUCGAGAGCUAUAUCAUCGUGUUAAUCGAGGUUGUCAAGGCAAAGUCAUAAGUGAGAUUUUCCACUUCUUAUGCAAGGCUAAAAAGCACCCUAGGACGCAGCUCCUUGAUUGCUUAAAUAUUUAUGAUAGUGUGCCAUUUCGACGAGCUUUACUCAUCACUGCAGAAAGACAAUCUAAACAUAUAUUCGUCGGUUAAUAAUUCAUAAAAUCAUUAUUUUCUUAGGACGUUAAUGCAAUUGCCUAGCUAAGUCCUUGUGGUACCUCUUACUAAGUCAGCAUAUGCGGUUAUUAAGCAUGUACACGGAAGGCGAACUUUGGAAUCUGGACAGUGCUUUGACUCGAAGAAGAAACUAAACGUUUAUUUAAGAAAAUCUGGCAUAUGCAUUUUUCUGACAGGGAAUAUGGCCACCUGUUUCUGAGAAACUUUUUAACGUGUAUUGGAACGUUGUUAGACCGCAAUCCUAACAGUUAUCUGCCUGUGUCGGUGCAAUAACCAGGGAUGUAUGCACAAUAACUAACACACUAUAAGGAAAUCCCUGUUUAUAAUUCGACAGUCUGAACCUCACUUUACUUUCCCCGUAAUGUACAAAACAAGUAUUUUAUUAGAGAGGCUGUCUGUGUUCCCAUCGACACUCAUGAUUUUCUUGUGUACUGUACAGGAGGUUACCAGGUUGCCUUGUCAGAAGGGUGAACCACCGUUUUAGCUGUAUACCAGAGAAACCCUGCUCACGCAGAUGUGCAAAAUUAAAAGUACUGCAUUUGAUAAGAGUCUGUGGAUAGCAGUGAAGACUUAAGCACAUCCCACGUGCCGCUGUUAUAGUACUACGUGAGGUAAUGCGUGCGAUGUUCAUCCUUUUAGUAUCAGUGAAAAUAACUGCCAACGACAACGUCUACAGAUGUGGUUUUUCCUUGCUUUGUGCAAAGCGGAGAGUAAAAGCGAAGACAACAGAACCUAACACUGUAUGGCCGCCCCUCACUUCUGGCUCUGACGGCGGAUAUAUUGGUUGCCUACAAGCACCAAAUGCGUCCGAUUUCUGUUAACGUUUAAAAGAAGAGCAGAAAAUGAUGCUCUUCAGGGUGCACACUGCGCCAGUUCCUGAGGAAAUAAAAAUUCCUAGUUUCACAGACCUGAUGUGCAAAGGAUUUGGGUAGAAUUAUGUUCGCUUGGGCUACAGAACCAAAUAUGCUUACGGUAUCGCAUAUAACAUAGGGCAUAAAACACCCUUAGUGUAUCUUUAUAGUCCGUUACCUUGCAUCGUGAUGAAGGCCCAAAGGACUUUAUUAAUCGGUGGAGUUUAAAUGAACAUCUCCUUGCUCUUCCUAGCGAAAGCAAUGGAAGUGGCCGCUCAAGCUCAGAAUAUACCUCCUUUGAUAGUGGCCAACGACACCUGUGAACUAAUCCCAGUUGCUUAAGCAGUUAAUGCCGAUGAGCCUUGCACAUGUUUACCAAAGAAAAUGCAAAAAUAGUUAUUUAUCAUUUGCCCGGGCAGUUUGCAGACCCUUGCACACGAGUCUGCUGGCGAUGGUGUUCUGAAAUAUGUUAUGAAUAGUUGUUGGUAAAUUUUUGUCUUAGAGGUUUUUGUUCUAGAAGUCUGAAAGACAGGUUGCUAGCCGGUUUUUAAUGUACUAUAAAACCCCAGAGAUUGGUUAUAACAGCGUAAGCCGACUUACACUCAGCAAACUUUAUCGGCUAUUUAUAACACCCUCCCUCAUUAGAAACUCGUCCGAUGCCCCCAGCCAUUCCAGUCAACCGAGCUUGCAAAACUUAUUCCGUUUCAGAUAUAAUAAAUGAAAGAACGAUACAUAUGGCCUUUAUUUGUUAGAAUUCAGUCUAAUAUAAUUCUUUAUACCUGUAUGAAAGCGAUUGUGUCGCAUGAGCUGCGCAGAGGGGAAAGAAGUACUUGAACGCAUUCAACUCACGCAACCCGACAAACUCUACGCCUUAGACUGCAUAAAACGGUAAGUCUCUGAUAUAUGUGUCCAAAACACGCUCUUAUUAGGACACUUACCGAUCAUCAGACCACCGAGGGCACAGAGUAUAUUCUGAGCGCAUUUAACUCCGAAGAAGACAAAAUCAGGGCGCUUCAUCGGCUCACAGCGGUUUGUUCCAUUUAUUUGUCUAUAUUUUGCCAACUUUCCACUUGCUUAGAUUUCAACCUAUGCAAACGAGGAUCUCGCAGCUGGAGGUCACUUGACAUAUGGUCCUGUUGGAUCUGUCCAUGGGCAGAGUUUCCCACUCACUGAGCACAUGUAUGGUCCAGUGCAGCAACAACUGGAAGCUAGGGAGGUAAGAUGACUUAGUAUGUACAGGUGUGCGUUAAAUGUGCAUGCGAGUCCACUCACAAAUGAGGCUAUUCCAGGGACAUGAAGUAGGGUUGGACACCUCCAACAUUACUAUUACUUCGUUAUUAUGAAGAAGUAAAAGCACUUGCAGAAUAAACAGUGUGCUGGUGUGCUUGAGGUGUGAACCUGACUAGUGUGUCAUUGGGCUUUAACUUUUAAUUAGGCCCUAAGAUUUCGAAGUCUCAACAGGAAAUGUUUGCUCUAGACUUAUGCAAACGUAAAAUUCGGUAGCAAUAUAGCCGUUUGAGCUUCAGGGCACAGCCGAACGAACCUGUCUCGUAGUCCUCAUCGAUAAACACUCAUCCCGCGAUUAUUAAUAUUCGCGAUCGCAAACGACAGAACAAGAGACCCGUAACCCAGUUGGUAGAGCGUUCGACUUAAUAAGGCUCGAUGACCAACGAACGCGGGUUCGAGGUUCAGGUGCGGCAAGCCUGGGUUCAGGUAAGGCCGACCGACGACGGCUAAUAAGCUGGAAAUGCCCAUCCCAGUCCCCCUCGUCUUUGUCAACACCCCGCUUCUGCCUAUGCAUACAUGUGUGUAGAGAAAGUAGAAUUGCAGCACCUAGACCCAGGAUAAAACCGGUUGUAACUCUCAAAAUUUUGUAUAAACUUUUAAGAAUGAAUUCAUCUUUAUAAUUUGGGACGACUGUUAAACAGCCGUUAGAGGUGUACUGAUGGCCUGCAAAGUAGUCAUUAGUACUGCCAGUGCAGUUGCAAUUUCGUAUUGGAAGAUAUGCCUGUAGAACUGCGAAUUUGUGCAGUUAAACCAAUUUUGUAUUACAACAGCUCUAAGUUAGUUUUUGGCGGGCUGCAUUGUAAAAAUAAUUUCUGUUGCAAGAGCUAAAUGCAAGAGGCGUCCCCAAGGUGGAUUUUGUCUAAGAACAGUAGUGUAGCACCAAUGCAACACCAAAGUAUUUCUGGACAGGGGAGUUAAGGAUCCGUGGCAAAAUUACAGACACACAUUCCGUUCUAAGGCAUGCACUCUUUUCAUCGGUCUGCUGUAGGGCUUUGGAUGUCUUGCCUUCCAUUCUGUUUCUCCUGUCCUUUUUGAGCAAGUUGUUCGAUAAACAUUCGUGCAUCAACAACUACGUCAAUUGUUUCAAUUUAUAGGUUGCUGAAAUACUUCUAUAAAUCACAGAGCACAAUGAAAGUUAAAAAUAAUCUUACCCGUUUUGGAAUUCUGUUUGCAUCAAGAUCAAGUGUCUUACAUUUUCUGGCAGGGCGCAAAGGAUAAACGCAAUUUCCCCGAAACUUUGAGUGACAAGCCAAAAUCCAUGUACACCUGCCAUCCCUCAUACGCUUACGGUAAGGUCAACGACCCGGCCUAUUACUUGGGUGGGGGCCAGCCACCACUUCCACCGCGGCCAGCAGACAACGCGGUCACGGGUCCCCCGCUGUCGCUUGGUGAUCCGGUUCGCCCCUCUGAUCAAAGUGACGACUGUGUCAUCGAGGGAGACCCUUGCCUGGGCUUGAACCAGAGCGGUCCCGUUCCCAUUGGUUUCAUCGAUCACAAGAAGAAGGUGGACACACAGUGUUGUUGA